CCCGGCGUCGAGCUUCUUGUCGACGCCGAGGGUCAGUAUCGGGCCUCCCUGCGCUGGGUCGCGAGGAGGACAGAAGCCUUGAUGAGGCACCUGCAGAGCAACGACGUCAAGCUGUUACUGUCCAGCGUGAAGCAAGAGGAAGUAGUGAUCUACUACGCCAAGUUACAUGGUGUAUCAGUGGUAGAGUGCUUGUCGUCGGAGGAAAUUGCCCUCAUCCGUGAAAUCACGGGAGUCUCGCCGUACACACCUUUUGGUGACGGCCUGUGCGGAGAAAUCACCGAAACCGCGGUGGCGACGUUCUGUCAGCCCUUGCUGCUCGGCUCGAAGAGAUGCGUUCACAUCGGCUUUGCCAGCGUGUGCGCCUUUCAGCCUCACUGCCUGAUUCUGUGCGGGCCGGUUGAUGGUGUUAACGAGCAACAUGCUGCUGCUUUACAGGGGGCGCUUACGAUGCUGCAGCAGCUAUUUAAAACGGUUGAUCCGGGGGAGGAAUGCAGAGCAAAAGGUGAAAGCCAGAGUGAAGCCACAGAUGUUUGCAGUUGGCAUUCACCUGCUCAGAAGCAACUUGUAAUAGAAAGUAUUUCUUGUAACAGUAAUGAGGUUUCUGAACACCAGCUGAACACACAUAGGGGUGAAACAGAGACACAGACUGCAGACUCUGACUUGCAGGGAAGUGAAAAUCUAGCGUGUGUGCAAACAGAUUUGCAAACACCCUCAAAUCCCAUCUCGCACAUUGUAGAAUUAAGUGUUGCCACAGUAGGAGGCGGCUCUUCCGGACUUGUACAGGAACCGCAGGCAAAAUGCGAGCGUCUGGGUGAUGUGCACGGGAGCUGUGAAAGCGAUUCCCUUGCUGAUCACUUGCUGACAGUCAAUUAUUCCAACUUCCUCAUAGGAGCAGGAUCGGUUUUGCCAGUCGGAGGUUACUUUGAAAUCCUGUUACAUUAUUAUAUUCAGUACUAUGCAAAACAGGUUCACCAGUCAGAGGUAACUGUCAUAGCUCAUGUGGUUGCUGAUGCUUUGCUUGAUAUUCCCAAGGCCUUAUACAGGGCAACAGAACGAAACAGCUUUACCAGAUUCUAUCUCGAAGCUGUAAACGCACUCAGAAAAAACCAGCCCCUGCCUGUGAACGAGAAAGGCCUAGAGUCAGUGUACUGCAAGUACCAGUUAGUCAUUUCAGUUCUUCAUUGUGUCUCAGAGCUGCUCUCCAUAGAUUUAAUACUGGGUGUUAAGCGGCCACUGCAAAAAGUUGAGGAUGACAACUCGGAAGAUGACUUCUGA